GGAUCCGCCUCCCCAGCCCUCGGUGCUGCAGGGUGAAGUCCCGCGCCGGGGCGGAGCAGGCCAGCACCAGUUCCUGAUUCUACCAGCGGUGCUGGGGACUGGUGGCGCCACUGGCACGGGCCCUCGGGCAGCGCAGGAUGGGCCCGAGCGGCGCGGCGGCGAGCCUGCACCAAGGCCCUGGCCUGCCGCUGCCGCCGCUGCUCUGGCUGAUGCUCUUGCUGCCACAGCCGGGCCGGGGCGCGGAGGCCGGCCGGCCACCCCAUCUGGUCUUCGUGCUGGCGGACGACCUGGGCUGGAACGACGUGGGUUUCCACGGCUCCUACAUUCGCACGCCGCACCUGGACGCGCUGGCCGCCGGCGGGGUGCUCCUAGACAACUACUACACGCAGCCGCUGUGCACGCCGUCGCGGAGCCAGCUGCUCACUGGCCGCUACCAGAUACACACAGGUUUACAGCACCAAAUAAUCUGGCCUUGUCAGCCCAGCUGUGUUCCACUGGAUGAAAAACUCCUGCCCCAGCUUCUAAAAGAAGCAGGCUAUACCACCCAUAUGGUCGGAAAAUGGCACCUGGGAAUGUACCGGAAAGAAUGCCUUCCAACCCGCCGAGGAUUUGACACUUACUUUGGAUAUCUCCUAGGCAGUGAAGAUUACUACUCUCAUGAGCGUUGUACCUUAAUUGAGGCUUUGAAUGUCACACGAUGUGCUCUUGAUUUUCGAGAUGGUGAAGAAGUUGCAACAGGAUAUAAAAAUAUGUAUUCAACCAAUGUAUUUACCCAGAGGGCUACAGCUCUUAUAAAUAACCAUCCUCCAGAGAAGCCUCUGUUUCUCUACCUUGCUCUCCAGUCUGUCCAUGAGCCCCUUCAGGUGCCUGAAGAAUACCUGAAGCCAUAUGACUUUAUCCAGAAUAAGAACAGGCAUCACUAUGCAGGAAUGGUGUCCCUUAUGGAUGAAGCAGUAGGAAAUGUCACUGCAGCCUUAAAAAACCACGGACUCUGGAACAACACAGUGUUCAUCUUUUCCACGGACAACGGAGGGCAGACCCUGGCAGGGGGCAAUAACUGGCCCCUUCGAGGAAGAAAAUGGAGUCUGUGGGAAGGAGGCGUUCGAGGGGUGAGUUUCGUGGCCAGUCCCUUGCUGAAACAGAAGGGCGUGAAGAACCGGGAGCUCAUCCACAUCUCCGACUGGCUGCCGACCCUCGUUAAUCUGGCUGGAGGACACACCAAUGGCACGAAGCCUCUGGACGGCUUUGAUGUGUGGAAAACCAUCAGUGAAGGACGCCCGUCCCCCAGAGUGGAGCUGCUGCAUAACAUCGACCCGAAGUUUGUAGACUUUUCUCCAUGUCCUGGAAGCAGCAUGGCUCCGGCAAAGGAUGAUUCUUCUCUUCCCGAGUAUUCAGCCUUUAACACAUCUGUCCAUGCUGCCAUUAGACUGGGAAAUUGGAAACUGCUCACAGGCUUCCCAGGCUGUGGUGCGUGGAUCCCACCACCAACUCAACACAACGUUUCUGAAAUACCCUCAUCGGACCCACCAAGCAAGACCCUCUGGCUCUUUGAUAUUGAUCGGGACCCGGAAGAAAGACAUGACCUGUCCAAAGAACAUCCCCACGUGGUCAAGAAUCUCCUUUCCCGCCUUCAUUUCUACCAGAAGCACUCAGUGCCUGUACAUUUCCCAGCGGAAGACCCCCGCUGUGAUCCCAAGGGCACUGGCGCAUGGGGCCCCUGGAUGUAGGAUGUCGGGAGGUUGGAAUGCAUUUCUCUUGCAACCUGGACCUCAGUUCUUGAAUCAUGCAGCCUCUUGUCCCACUUGUCCUCCCACUCCAGGUUCACCUGGCCCUUCUAGUGCUCUAAACCACACCACGGAGUCCAGUAUCAACCCUAGUGCAUUUAAGAAGCUGAUAAAAUCUGGAAUGCUCCUGCCAUGGGCUGGAGCUUGUGUCUGCAAGCAGGGGUGGCUGGGUUCAUCUGCUCUUGCUAAGCUCCGGGACAGCUGGGAACUUGACAUGGGAAGUUCUCAUUGAAUCCUAGAAGCUGGAGCAGCUGGCUCUUGUUGCCUAGCAAGUCAGACAGUAGAUUUCCCUCUGCCAAUAACCAGUUUUAUUGGAGUGACUCACAUUUCUUAUAACGAAUGAAGGGAGCAGACAAAUUGUUAAUGGUUCUUUUGGCCGGGAGUUCUGUCUGUCUGUGAGAGAUCUUGCUCAGGCCUUCCAUGAGAAUGACCCCCGUCGGCUCACCCCUCAAUUACUCAUCUUAUCACCAGCAUAAGGCCCACUUCACUAAGGUCAACACAGCAAAAUACCAACACCUUGGUUUUGGUUUUUACAAUAAAGAAAUUUUUUUAAUACUAUAUUUUUCCCCAGCCAUUGCUCAUUCUGUCUAGACUUCCUGUCACCUCCAACUGUGACUCUUUACCUGCCAUUCCUUUUGACUUCAGUGUCCUGUGGGAAGGCCACUUUACCACUCCACUCUGAGCACUCCUGAGUUUUGGAGCAAUGCUGAGCCUUGCCUUCCCUUUUUCCUAUAAUACUAAAGCCAGAGCCCUGCUCAGAGAAGGUGGCCAGGUUGCUCUGUGGUCAUGCCCAAGGGGGACCCAGGAGAGGGCCAGGUGGAAGAUGCAUGGGUCCAUGGCAUCUGUCUGCCAAGGUUUCUCCUUGAGUUGCAUGGAGGUCAUCAUCAAUAUUGUGGUUUUAACUCCUGAUAUAUAACAAGUUGCACUGCUAUUCCUGAGGAGAGACUUGUAAUACUAUCUUACUCUAUAAUAUAUCGAAGUAAGACUAUUGGAAGGAUAUGGUGCUAGAACUAAUGACAUUUAUUUUCUUUACCCAACACCUGGGUUGGCAAACACCUGGCCAAAAUGUCCCUAGUCACCCCAAAGCCUGUGGCAGAUAGCAUGAACUAACUGAGCCUGAAUGUUACUCCUGCAUCCUUCCAGUCCCAGGGUUGCAGGUAGCCAUUAGUAUUCUAAGAUUGGAGGUCACCACUAUUUGACACUUGUUUGUUCUCCCUAUUGUACCCUCAAAAGCUAUCCCCAGUUUUAGUUCCUUGUUUGCUGUGUAUACUGAGGAUGUUCUAUAGUCAAAGAAUUUAAAGAAUUUUAAGGAGUACUUUUAAAAAUCUAUCAUUUGAGAUUUUAUUUUAUCCAGGAUAUAACAAAGUCUCAUUAGAUUUUCUGAUUCUAUACAAGGAGAUGAAAAGGUUCAUGUCAUUAUUAGUGUAUUAAUGUUACUUCUUUCCAAAUUUGCUUACCUUUAAAGAAGAUUUUGUUCAUUUGUGAGCUUGUUUUUCUUUGUUACUACAUGAGUCUUCCAGAUUUGAGGGACAAAAUAAAAAUAAUCAUUUUAAAUUAAAUGAUUUAAAAUAAGUCAGCUGUGGAUAUGGGGCUCCUAUUGGGAUGAUGAAAAAGUUCUGCAUUGGGGUAGCAAUGACAGCAGCACAACAUCAUGAACCCCCUCAAUGCCACUGAAUUGUAUACUUCAACAUGGUGAAAAAGGCAAAUUUGAUGUUAUGAAGACCUUAUCACGAUUUUUUAAACUUGCCAAUUUUAUAGUUCAUGAAUUAUACCUCAAUAAAUCUGUUACAUAAAUAAAUAAAUACAUGAAAAUUA